AUGGUGUUGGCACAGACGCAGACCCAGACCACCGAUGGAUCACAAACGUGCACUGUUUUCACCCACAUCUAUGCGGUAAACAGCACCAGUAUCCCACAGUGGUAUCGCAAAACUCCUGAGACGAAAAAAGAGAGCGAAACUUUGAAGGACCUUGCUCGGAAGCAGAUCCUGACGGCCCUUGAGGCCGGGCCGAAGCGCAUUCGGCCGAAGACCAGGGAAGAGCUGAGGUGGCGCCUGGAGGAUUUGCGUGAGGAGCUUGCAAAGUUGAAGGUGGACGUGGAGCGGCAGAAGGCACAACGCCCCGUUGUGACGCAGCCGAAAGCAGGUGAGAAAGAGAACCUCGCGGAAGAGAUCUCCGCGCAAAAGACGGCCAUCCAGGAGUGGAAGAAGCGCGUCGCCGGCUUGGAGCAGGAGGGCGCGGGGCUGCAGGUAGCCAUUGCCAGUGCAGAGCAAGUUCUCCAGCGUGGCCGCGAGCGCUUGGAUGCUGCAUGUUCACCGUCGUGGGCCGAGAAAUACGGGAACGGUCUGGGGGGAGUUGCGAUGACUCUUCCAGCUUCCUUGAGUCCUUGA